CGAUGGACCCGCUGCCCGCCGCGGCAGUCGGGUCUGCAGCUGAGGCGGAGGCUGACGAGGAGGCGGAACCCCCAGCGACAGACACAGAACAAAGUGACUGGUUUUGUCCUGAUUUGUCGACAGGCCCAGACUGUCAAGCAUGCCAGGCUUUGGACCUGCUCCUCCUCAGUGUUUUGGGUGUUGGAUGAGGCUCUCCAGUGCUCCCGGUCAUUGAGUGGGGGGACCCAGACCCCAGGUCAAUGCAGAUGCCGCAGGGCAACCCGCUGCUGCUGCCCUAUACCUUGCAGGAGCUGCUGGCCAGGGACAGCGUGCAGGUGGAGCUCAUUCCGGAGAAGAAGGGGCUCUUCCUGAAGCAUGUGGAGUACGAGGUGUCCAGCCAGCGUUUCAAGACCUCCGUGUGCCGUCGGUACAAUGACUUCGUCGUCUUCCAUGAAAUGCUGCUGCACAAGUUCCCGUACCGCAUGGUGCCGGCCCUUCCACCCAAGAGAGUGCUGGGAGCUGACAGGGAAUUCAUCGAGGGCCGGAGGAGAGCCCUGAAGCGCUUCAUCAACCUGGUGGCCAGGCACCCCCCGUUCUCUGAGGAUACCACCCUCAAGCUGUUCCUCUCAUUCAGUGGCCCAGAUGUGCAGAACAGGCUUAGGGAAGCAGCCCAGGGUGUUGGGGACGAAUUCCUGAACUGUAAGCUGGCUACUAGGGCCAAGGACUUUCUCCCUGCUGACAUCCAGACUCAGUUUGCCAUGAGCCGGGAGCUCAUCCGAAACCUCUACAACAGCUUCUACAAGCUGCGGGACCGGGCCGAGCGGAUUGCGUCCAGGGCCAUUGACAAUGCAGCUGAUCUUCUUAUAUUCGGGAAGGAGCUGAGUGCCUUAGGGUCUGACAUGACCCCGCUCCCCUCCUGGGCCACUCUGCACCUGAGUACCUGGGCCUCGCUGAAGCAGGCUCUGAAGGGCCUCUCUGUGGAGUUUGCGGUGCUGGCAGACAAAGCCGCGCAACAGGGCAGACAAGAAGAGAAUGAUGUGGUGGAGAAGCUGAACCUUUUCCUGGAUUUGCUUCAGGCCUAUAAAGACCUGUGCGAGCGGCAUGAGAAGGGUGUGUUACACAAGCACCAGCGCGCCUUGCACAAGUAUGGGCUGAUGAAGAGGCAGAUGAUGAGUGCUGCCGUGCAGAACUGCGAGCCUGAGUCUGUGGAGCAGCUCGAGUCCCGCAUUGUGGAGCAAGAAAACGUGAUCCAGACCAUGGAGCUUCGCAACUACUUCUCCCUGUACUGCCUGCAUCAGGAGACGCAACUGGUCCACGUGUACCUUCCCCUCACCUCCCAUAUCCUCGGGGCCUUCGUGAACUCGCAGAUCCAGGGGCACAAGGAGAUGAGCAAGGUGUGGAAUGACCUGAAGCCGAAGCUCAGCUGUCUCUUCACUGGACCCCACAGUGUACUGACUCCACCACGGUCCCCUGCAGAGGAUAGCCUGUGUCCCCACUAGUGCCCAAGGCCACAGCAGAGCUCCCUGUGACUCACUAAAACCUCUUUGCAAAUAGUGUGUCCCUGGCUGAUUCCCUUCGGACGGCGGCUGUUGCCCCAUGGUGCCUGGAGGGGCUGAAGUAGAGGAGCUCAUGCUGUCUCGGUCCGUGGGGGCACAGCCAGCUAUCUCUGCCCCUUUCCUGGGUGGGAGGCUGCACCCCUGACCAGCUCUGUGCCUGCAGGCCCGGUAGAGAAGUUGGGGUUCUCUGGAAUGGUUCUCUCAAGAUGACUAGAGUUGGGGGCAAGGAUUGUUCCCACACUGCAGGUCAUGUCUGGGGGAGCACAGCCCCACCCCCACCAUACCAGAACAGUCCAGAGGGUUCACCUAGAGCAGGGGUCAGCCGAGUAGGGGAAAGGGCAGGCAGGACUGUCCCAUGGGCAGGUAGCCAUCCGGCAAGGAGAUAGCCAGUGUCUGACAGGGAAAGUUCAGACUGUGGACUAGGGCCCCAGACACAGGCAGCUGGGUCCCUGCUCUGUGCACCAGAACAGAAGGCAAGGCAGGAAAGCGAGCUGAUGCAGAAAGUCCCUAGUGCAGUGUGACUGUCCACACUCCAGUGAAUGUCUGCAGAGCCUGGGCUGCCCUCUGCAUGCAUGAUCCUGGCGGCCCCAUGUCUGAUCAGGUACACUGAGAUCUCUGGGGUGAUGGUGUGGAGGGUCCUCUUGCCUGUCUGAGGCUGGAAGCUGCUGUUCCUUUACAACUCUUGGUGGCCACUGUUGGAGACCAGCGUCACUGGGGCAGAGCCUUUGAAACCAUUUUCCUUUUUUGGAGACUGUAGACCCCCUCCUGCCUGCUUGCCCAGGGAAGGGCAUUUCAGGCUGAGUGGUGCUGGUUUCCUGCUCUGUGGGGUCAGGUCUGAGAGAAGGCUGCUGUCAUCCCUCAUGUAGUGGACACACAGGGUUUUGUUGGAGCCCAGGUGUCAUCAAGCCAUGUCCUCGAUGGCCAGGGAAAGACUGGGAAGAGGCAUGCAGCAUUUCUGAAGUUUCUCCCAUCCCAUGAUUCAUGCUUGCUGCCCAGUGCCUUUCCCAGGGUAGGAGGCUCGGCUGGCUCUGAAUCCUGUCCUCACACUGAUAGGCCACAGAGUGGGUCAGGGCCACCUUGUUCUGGCAGAUAGCUAUGUGGGACCCACUGGGAGGAUGUGGCGGCUGAGUCAGUGCUGCCCCUGUGUAGAUGGGCAGAUUCUGCUUAUGCCUUCCUGCUGCAGGGCUGGCCAGAGGGCAGACUGUCCUCCUGUGGUUCAGGGUGGCUUGUGCCUGUGAUCUCCCUCUGCCGUGUGGCCCUGAGCUGCUCUCUGGACUGUUCUGUAGCCCUGACCCUAAGGCCUUCUGUCCUGCUGCUGAGAGGAGGCCCUGGGGCCACGGGCAUGCAUCUCUAGGCUGUGGAGGCACACAUUCCUCACACAGGCUGUUGAGAAAAGACAUUCCUAGCACACCUUCAACAUGUACUGUGUGUGUGUGUGGUACCAGGGAGUGAGUCCAGGUCCUGGAACGUGCUAAGCAAUGCUUUACCACUGCUCUACUCCCCUAGGCGAUUUCUGAAAACUUUACUUUGAGAGAGGUUCCUGCUAAAUUGCUCAGACUGGCCUCAAACUUUUGAUCUUUCUGCUUCAGGCUCCUGAAUAACUAGAAUUACAUGUGUAUGCCACCCUAGCUGGCCAAAACAAACUUUAUCCUUUAAAGAACUGGCAGGGAACUGGGGGUGAGAGAGUGAUAGGAGAUUGUGUAGCUGGUGGCCUCUCACAGCAGUGGGACAAGGAGGCAGAAGCAGAGGAGGAGGAGGGCAGUCUGCCUCCUGUGGUAACUCCCGUGCCCCAGGAGUGGGUGUGGACAGAAGCUUCUUUACUUGCUGUCUGCCCUCUCACACCCCUGGGUGCUUUAGGAAGGGACCUACUAGAACUGCAGGCUGCUAGUGCAGCACCCCAGGCCUGGGUUGGCUGUGUCUGCUUAGCUUUGACCCUACGUAGGAAACCUAUUCCUAGCUCCAAGGUGAAGGUCUUACGGUGGCAGAGGACCAGGGGCCCCAAUUCCCUUUCUGCUAUCCUGCUCCCAAACCUGUGUACCCCACUGUGGCCAUGCCUGGCCUGAUAGAAGAAUGCUGGGCACCACCGUCACAGAUGAGGCCUGGCGUGCAGCGUCCUGUUCUCCUGGUGAAGAAGGUUAAGGGGGUGCUCAACUGUGGUCUUGGCAGAAGGCCAUGUGACCAGAGGGCGGUAACUGUGAGUGGGAAGUGCAGGGCAUGUUUUUGUCAGGCCCACCAAGCUCUGGUGGUGUGGGGCUGGGCCUGUGGCCAUGAGGGAAAGGAUUGCUGUGGGCCUGUGUAGGACCCAACGCUGAAAUCAGUAUUGUUCCUAGCGUUCAAGGCCUUUUCUUAUGCGGCCCAGGCCAGCUGUUAUGUAAGAAGCACUUUCCAUGGCUGUAGGAAUCAGUUACUGCCACACCCAAUAAACUGGAACUGUUUACACAUGA